AUGCCUCCAAAUCUCAAAUGUGCUCAGGACAGGAUCAAUAUUGGGUUGGGAAAAUGCAAACUCAUCUGUGAACAGAAAGACUUGGAAGAAAAAAACUUACAGGAGGCAGGUGGAUUCCAUGUUGUAGCUGAUUUUCUGGUGGAGAAGCAAAGGCAGGGCCAAUGGCUGGGGUGGGGAAAAGCAAGGUGGAAGUGGUGGAGUCCAAGUGUUGUGCCCCACCUGCACCCAUUUGGACUUAGCAAAAUUUUGCAAAAUUUAUGGAAUUGGGCCAUUCUUCAAGAGACCUUUAGGGCCAGUAAAGCAUUGUGGAAGAGUUGCCAAAUCGGGGAGCAUGAACAGGAUAAUCUCAAAACUCAAAAUAGACACCCAGAGGGAGAUAGUGUCCCUGGGGAUAUUAUAGUGACUAAUCGUCACUCUUCAGAGGAGAAAAUGUCUCUGGAGAUAUUAUAG